ACUGUAUAUAAAAUAAGUUCUGAUGAAUUUCCGACAGUACUCACUACUCAGCUUCGGUCGGUAUGGAUAGAAAGGUGUUGAUUGGUAUAGGUGUGAUGAUGUUAGCUGCAAUGGCCGCUAGCUUUGACCCAAUAAAAGAUGCAAAGAUGGUAAUUGUUAACAACUGUAAAACCAAAGUUGGUGCAUCGGAAGAAGAUUUAAAGAUCGUAUUGGAUCACGGACUGCCAUCUACUGAUAAUGGAUUAUGUUUAGUCGAAUGUCUCUUGACCCAAGGAAAUAUGAUGAAAAAUGGAAAACUGAACGUGAAUGGUUUCUUAGCAUCGGCAAAACGAGAGAAAAAGUAUACGCCUGAGCAGGUCCAGAAGUUGGAGCAGUUGGUGUCUGAAUGCGACAAAGAAAUUAAUGCGUCAAAUGUUAACGGUUGCCAAGCGGCAAAGAAGAUUGUGGACUGCACAACAACUAAAGGAAAAGAAAUUGAGUUUAAGUUUCCAUCCCGUCUCUGAGUCUAUCUUUACAAUACCUGUACCGUGUUAAUAAAAUAUGAGUUAUA